AUCAGCAACUACGAAUAUCUGCUGGCGGUAAAUUCAGCAGCUGGUCGGAGCUUUCACGAUCUUUCAAGGUAUCCCGUCUUUCCAUGGGUUGUUGCUGACUACGACAGUGCGAAGUUGGAUCUGAAUGACGAAAAGACGUUUCGUGAUCUUAGCAAGCCUGUGGGAGCGCUCAACGAACACCGCUUGCAAUACUUUAGGACGAGGUUGGAAGGAAUGGAGGAUAUGGAAGAAGCAUUUCUAUAUGGCACACAUUAUUCAGCCCCAGGAUAUGUCCUCUUUUAUUUGGCUCGAUCAAUGCCGGAGCACAUGUUAUGUUUACAGAACGGGAAGUUUGACGCCCCAGACCGCAUGUUUGACAGCAUCAAACGGUGUUUCAACUGCGCAUUGACGAACCAUGCGGAUGUGAAAGAAUUGAUUCCUGAGUUUUACAAUGCCCAUCAUGAUUUUGACUUUCUAAUCAAUGCUCGUGGUUUGCAGCUAGGGGCAAUGCAGAACGGCGAUCGGGUCAAUGAUGUGGAACUACCACCCUGGGCCCGAUCUGCACGAGAUUUUAUCAAAAAGAAUCGUAGUGCUUUGGAGUCCGAAAUCUGCACGCGCCAACUUCCUCGAUGGAUUGAUUUGAUUUUUGGGUGUAAGUCGCGGGGAGAAGGCGCACUCCAAGCAAUGAACCUUUUCCACCGAACAGCCUAUCUU